AUGUCUGGGCAGCGCUCAAUGUAACAGGCAUGAGAGCGGUUACGUUUGCUGUAGGCAGAGGCUGUUUGAACUUGGGAAUAAACUCGAAGGAUUCUGAGAAAAAAGCAUGCAGUGAGGGAGGCAUGGACCACUUUGGAAUGGCACCAGAGCUGAAACGGAGGGACGUGGGAUUGUGUGAGGCUGUUUCUGCAGCGUUGAGUAGCAGCAUUGUGGACGUGGGUCGGAUGACCUCUGGUGUAACUGAUAUAGGCAACAGUUUAUGAUCUUUGCAGCUCAAUCAGCCCGUUAUUUGUUUUUAGCGUUUGUUUUUUAUAUUAUUGCAUUAACACACCGGUAGCCUGCAGAUCGUGUAUUAAUUGUUGGGUAUAUUUGUCAGCCAUAGUGUUUUAAUAUUUGGAGUAGUUUGUCCCGUUGUGUUUAUAUCUGUGUCGUGUUGUGGAAAUAGUUUCAUUUUUUGUAUUCAAUUUUAGUCAAAUCCGCUAGUUUUUUUUUUUGUUUUUUUUUGUGACAUCAUCACCAUAACUUACCAUUGACGGCUAUUGUUGGGUUUUACGUUUUCUAUGGUCACGUUUUCUAACUGUAGUGCUGCUGUCGUUUAUUUUAUGCGUGUAUGUAAAUCACCUGCACUUGUCGGUGUUAAAACUGGUCUGUUGAGCUUUAUUUUCGGCUUUUACAUGUUAUUUAUUUCGUAUGAGCAGUUUUAAUCUUAUAAUCACCGCUCCCUCUCCUUAAACGGACACUGCAUAUAUAGUGCCAUGUGCAACGCCGGUCUCUGUUGUGAUAAUUGUUACUACUGAGAGCUGUUACUCAAAGCAGGGUACGGUGGUGAGAUGCCAGGGGCAGGAGUGACGGGUGCGGAGGGUGCCCAAAGAAAGUCGGGGGUCAGCGAGGGGUUGGUGGGCUACGCGGGCGUGACGCAACGUGAAGAAGAGGCAGAUGACGAAGGCGAGGAUGAUCUUCGUGACGGAGAUGUCCCGUUCUUUGUAAACCGAGGGGGCCUGCCUGUGGACGAGGCCACGUGGGAUAGGAUGUGGAGGCAUGUGUCCUGCAUCCACCCUGAAGGAGAUGUUAUAGGGAGAAAAAUAAGGGGAGCCACCGACCUGCCUAAGAUUCCGACACCGAGUGUGCCUACGUUCCAGCCUUCAACCACUCUGCCAGAUCGCCUGGAAGCCAUACAAAGAUACAUCAGGGACUUGCAGUACAAUCACAGUGGAACACAGUUCUUUGAAAUUAAGAAGAGCAGGCCUCUUACUGCGCUGAUGGACAUUGCCAAGGAAAUGGUCCGGGAAACUCUGCCAAUUAAGUGUUUAGAAGCUGUCAUCCUGGGAAUUUACCUCACCAACAGCAUGCCUGGGUUGGAGCGUUUCCCUCUCAGCUUUAAAACUCAGUUCUCAGGGAAUUGCUUUCGGCACAUUGUGCUGGGGGUGCACUGCGGGGGGCGCUUCGGGGCGCUGGGUAUCAGUAGGCGGGGGAACCUGAUGUACAAGCCGCUGGUGUUCCGCACCCUGAGCGACCUGGUCCAGGAGUUUGAGGGAGCCUACCGAGGCUACUGGCACUCUCUCAAGAAGGUGAAGAUCGGCCAGUACGUGUCCCAUGACCCACACAGCGUGGAGCAGAUCAAGUGGAAGCGCACCAUCCUGGACGUGGACAGGCUGACGCACGAGGAGUUCCGCAAGGAGCUCGAGAGGCACACCCGAGACAUGAGGCUCAAGAUUGGAAAGGCUGCACCACCUUCCCCUACCAAAGAACGGAAAAAAGAUGUAGGGUCCCCUCAGUGGAGCCAAUCCAGCCCUCGCCGAAGAAACAGCCGCGGGGAAAGACGACCAUCCGGAGAAAAGAAGACAAAAAACGCUUCAGACAUCAACGGUUACCAAAUCCGUGUGUGAAGAAUACCCCCUGCUCCACGAAGACGAAAUCUUUUUUAAACAAGCAAAUAACUGAGAGCACAUUUUUUUUUAAGCUGCAGUGGCUCGCUGUUUUCCAAU